AUGAAAUGUGUUUAAAAUCAAUUUCAUCAAACUCAUUUAGAAUCAUGGAUUGAUAUGCCAUAAAUAUAUGAAUAACUUAAUAAUUAAGCAUAAGAUUGUAAUAAAUUCUUGGUUGAUAUUUCAAAUUCAAUAUAAUCAUCUAUAUAAUUAUUUGAAAAAUUAAAAGAUGGAAUUAAAUUAAAAUAUAUGCUCAAUAAAGAAAGAUUAGCAAAAAUGAAUGUGUAAUAAUUAAAUAUAGCAGUUGGUGAAAUGAUAUAAUUCUAAGAAUAUAAAAUAUAAGCAUAAAAUACUAUAAAUAAUUGUGUAAAAACAUUCUAUUAAGAUUUAACUAAACUUAUUGUUAAGUUAAGAAUAGAUGAAUUGAAUUAUUGUAUAUAAAAUGAAUAUAAUAAUAAUUAAUAACAAAAUAAUCAAAAUGGAAGUAGAUAUUAAAUUAAUUAGGCAAAUAACUAAGUAUUUUAAAUCAAAAUGAAAUUUUUGAAUCAACAAUCAAAAUCUUUAAUUAAUCUUAAUCAUUGAAUUCUGAAAAUUUAACUGCAUUCUCAAUUAAAUGUAAUUUAUAAUCAUUCAAUCUAGCAUCAACUUUAAAAUCACUUGGUCAAUUUGCAGAAGCAAUUAUAUGGGCAGAUAAAGCUCUAAAAAUUGAUCCAAAUCAUAUUAAUUCAUUAUAUUGCAAAGGUGAUUCUUUAUAUCAACAUUAGCUAAGUGCUUAUAUAUGCUAGACAAAUACGAAGAAGCUGAAAAAUGGGUCGAUAAAGUUUUUAAAUUCGAUCCUAAUCAUGUUAAUUCAUUAAGAUGCAAAGGUGAGAUCUGUUUAUACUAUUUUUAAGGGGAAAGUUUAAUUUAAUAAGGAAACUAUUCAAAUGCUUUAACUUGGAUCAACAAGGCCUUAGAAAUAGAGACCUCUGAUGUAAACACUAUCUAUUUAAAAGGUAUAAAUAUUCUAAAUAAUAGCCCAUUGUCUAUAUUUACUUUUUUAAUACAAUGAAGCAAUUCUUGAAACAGAAAAAGCGUUAAAAAAAGAUCCUUUUCAUUUGAAUUCAUUAUGCUGCAAGAGUAUGAUACUAUUAAUUUGAUUUAGUUCGAAGUCUAUGCAUGCUAGAUAAGUAUGAAGAAGCUAUAAUAUGGGCUGAUAAAGCAUUGAGUAAAGAACCAAAUCAUUUGAUAAUUCUAACUUACAAAAGUACUCUAUCCUUUAAUUUUUAGCAUAAAGCUUAUUUAUUCUUGAUCGUUUUUAAGAAGCUAUUGUAUAAGCAGACCUAGUUUUAGACAUGAAUCCAAAAGAUAUAAACACUCUUGAUUGCAAAGGUUCAAAUCAAUUUUAAUUAUAAAAGCAUAAUGUUUAUUGUAGCUUGCAAAUUAUAAAGAUGCUAUUAUAGUAGCAGAUAGAAUUUUAACUCUGAAUCCAAAACAUCUCAGUGCAUUACGUUAUAAAGGUUUAUAAUUUCAUGAAUUAUAAGCUACUUGUUUAUAUGCAUUGAAUCAAUAUAGAGAUGCUAUAUCAUAUGCAGAUCAAGUUAUGAUUAUUGAUCCUAAUGAUGAGACUAUUAUAAUUACCAAAGGUCAAUAUACAUAUAUAUAUAUACCAGCAAAUAGUUUAAAAUAACUAGGAUAAUUGAAAGAAGCCUUAAUUUGGUAGGAUAAAGCUUUAUCUAUUAAUCCAGAGAAUAUAUCUAUGUUGUUAUCUAAAAGUAAUAAAUAUACUAUUAUGAUAAAGCAUAAUGUUUAUUUCAACAAGACAGAUUCUAGGAAACCAUUCAAUGUGCUAAUAAGGUUUUGAUUUUAGAUAAAAAUAAUUUAGAAAUAUUACAUUUUAAAGGUAAUUUGAAUUAAAAUUCUUUAGCUAAGAGUCUAAGACUCCUUGGGUAAUAGGAUGAUACAAUCUAAUAGGCUGAUAAAGUAUUAGCUUUUGAUUGCAAACAUAUUAAUUCAUUAAAUUGGAAAUGUUAUAUAUUAUUAUAUUUGUUAGAGUAGUGUCUACAGUAACUUAGUGAAUAAUAGAAUGCCUAUGCUAUUAUGGAUGUUACUGUCGAUCAAAAAUAUGUUGAUUCGUUUUCAGAAAAAGGUAAUAGAUAUUAUAUUACAAUUUAUUAGCUAUCAACUUAUUAUAAACAGGGUAAUAUUAAGAUGCAUUAGUUUUAGCAGAUUAGGCUUUAUCCAUUGAUUCUAAGAAUAUUAAAACUUUGUAAUGCAAAUGUAUUUUGUAUAUGAAUAUUUAUUAAUAGUGCUAUGCAUAUUUAAAUUGAAAUAAUAUGAAAAUGCAAUUGAAUUGUCCAAUCAAAUCUUAAAAAUUGACAUUAAUAAUAUCGCAUCCUUAUAGUGUUUAGGUUAAAUGAAUUUUAUAUUAUUUUUAGCUGAUAGUCUAAGAAUUCUUGGGUAAUAUAAAGAAGCAGUUAUUGAGAUAGAUAAAAUAUUAUCCCUAAAUUCUAAUUCAGUUAAUGCAUUGUAAUGUAAAGGUAUAUCAAACUUAUAUAUAUUGAGCUUUGUGUUUAAACUUACUGGGUCAAUAGAAAGAAGCUUUAGUUUUGGCCAAUAAAGCUUUAACUAUAGAUCCUAAUUAUGUAGAUGCAUUAAGUUGUAAAGGUAUAUUUAUUUACAUUUAAUAAGCAAAUAUCUUAUAAUAUAUGGGAUAAUAUUCAUAAGCUUUAAAAUUAUCAGAACAGGUGUUAAAUGAACAUCCAUAUAAUUUAGAUUCAUUAAAGUGCAAAGGUAUGAAAAUAUUAAUUCAUAAAUUAGCUCAUUGUCUAUAUAUGUUGACUAGAUUUAAAGAUGCCAUUAAUUAAGCAAAAGUAAUCUUAGAUCAUGAACCCAAGAAUAUUAAUAUUCUUUAGAUUUAUGGUAUAAUUAAAUAAUCAAAAAUUAAUAGUUUAAAGUUUAUUCAAACUUAGUAUUUUUGAUGAGGCCAUAAUUUCUGCUGACAAGAUUCUAGAAAUCUAUCCUCAUCAUAUAGAUAUAUUACUAUGUAAAGGUUAAUAAAUCAAAAAUAAUUUAAGCUCAUAGUUUAAGAUUACUUGGCAAAUUUAAUGAGACAUUAGAAAUUAUAGACAAAGUUCUUAGUAUUGAUUCAAAUAACAUUAAUGGAAUGUAAUGCAAAGGUUAUUAUAUAUUUAUAAUUUAGCUUAAACUUUAUAUAUCCUGGAUAAGAAUGCUGAUUCUAUUAUUUGGACAGAGAAAGUGUUGGCUAUUGAUCCCAAUCACAUUAGUACAUUACAUUGUAAAGGUAUUAAUAAACCUAAAUCAUAGCUGACAAUUUAAGAUUGCUUGGUAAUUAUAAUGAAGCAAUCAAAUGGGCUGAUAAAGUUUUGGUUAUCGAUCCUAAAUUUGUUAAUGCUUUAUAUUGUAAAGGUAUUGUUAUUACUUUAACAAUUAGCUGAUAGUUUAAGAUCUCUAUCAUAAUAUAAAGAAGCCUUAAUUUGGACUGAUAAAGCGUUGGCUGUAGAUCCAAGGCAUGUGAAUUCAUUAGGAACCAAGGGUAACAUAAAAUAUUAAUUAGGCGAUAUUUUAAGAAUUUUUAAGAAAUAUGAUAUCGCUCUUAAAUUUUUUGAUUUAGCAUUGAAUAUAAAUCCGAAUAGUUACUUCUCACUUUCUUAAAAAGGUUUUUUUAACCAUUUACAUAUAGGUUUGUGUCUAUAAGAAUAAAAAAGAUAUUAAGAAGCUAUAAUUUGUUAUGAGAAAGCAUUAAAAAUUUAACCAAAUAGUGGAUGGACAUUGUGUAGAAAAAGUAAUUAAACUAAAAAUUAUUAGAAUAAUGUGAGGAGACAUUGAUAAAAUGUAGAUCAGGAGUGAAAUAAUUUUGA